ACAACCCGCUAUAUUUCGUCAUUCGUGAGCAAUAUACACCUAUGGUUGGCUGUACUCACGUGCAUCUGACAGAAUUUUGAUAAGUCACUAAAUCAGGCGAAUGAUACACUCGAGAAUGGGCACGCGAUUGUCUGGAAGGUUGUGCAUGAUCGUCACCUGCCAGGAAGUAGGACUAGAAGGAGGAGAUACCAUCGUGUGGUGACUGGAGGACUCUCUACUUUCUCUCUAUCCCAUCACACGUGUUGAAUCGUGGGAAUGGAUUGAUGAUGCUGUUGAUAUUGAAGAGAUAAUUGUUGUUACGGAAUGAAUGAUGGAUGCUAUGGUGUCACCGUCACCCAACGCGGCCAACGAUCCUUCCUCGGGGGAAAAUGUUGGCCAGGCAACGGUUGUCAUCAUCCUCGGUGUCCUGGUCGGUUUGUGUAGUUCGCUGACAAUAAUCGCUGUGCAGAAAUUCAGAUCGGUCAGUAAUCCCGAUAUCUUGAUAUUCGCUUUAGCCAUCUUGGAUUUCACCUCGUCAGUGACUGUGUUCCCGUUGGCAGCCUACUGGUACCUUAGAGUUGGGACAUUCCCCGGGGAACUGUGCCGGGUCUACGGUGCGCUGACCACAGCACUACAGCUCGCCUCGACCGCGGUUGUUUCUCUUAUGACGUUAGACCGUUUCCUGGCCAUCCGCAAACCAAUCUUUUAUCGGACUCGCCUUGGAGGCGUUCAACUCAAACGGGUAGUAGCUGCUAUUGUAAUAUCGUCUGCCGUCAUAGGAUGCAUACCUGCUAUUCUAAGUGAACCUACAACAAAGUGGACCACAAUGACAAAUCGUCAUGGCUACUGUACAUUUGAUUACUCGAAAAACUUUACUUUGGUGAUUUUGGCUAUAAGCGUUCCCCAGAUUCCGCUUCUUGUUUACUGCUAUGUAGGGUUCGUAGUCUCCAUUCGGAAAUUUAUCCAGCGCAGGCAGCCGAGCCAGGAGCAGAGCCCUGUGGGCAGCACGGCUUCAUCGGAGGCUAGUGGGCGAAGGAGUCAGCAUCCUGGUCCAGUCCGCUCUGAGAGUAAUAAGGAACUAGUUGCAUCAUCUUGCCGUGCCUUCUGCUGCUGCUGUUUUGGCUGCCCUACAAAAUGCCGCAAAAAGACAAAGAAAGUAGUUUCUAAGGAAGACAUAUUGGAGAAGACGCAGAACUUGAUGAAGAACUUGAACCUAAAGAGAUGUACCCGGAUGUCUAAAACUGUGGCUCUUGUUGUUAUCAUUUAUUAUGUGCCAUGGACCUUGGCUUUGAUUACAAUGGUAGUUGAGCUGAUAACCCAAUACUACAACUCCACAUUAAACCUGAUCAUGGUUCGCCUCAUGAUGGCGCACUCUAUCUUCUACCCGGCAGUAUAUGCAGUACUAUGUGAAAACUACAAGCAAGCGUAUAAAUGGGCGCUGAGUCUACCUCUACAUGCAUGCGGUGUGAGAUGGUACGAGCGCCCUCCACUGGGUCUUACAGUGAGUGAAAUGCAGCGGAUAUCUCAUCGCAUGGCGCUAGAAGAAUGGGAGAGUCCAGGGCUUAAUAGGCGACUAUACAGCAAGCGACCGUUUCUGAAGCGAUCGACAACGAACAGCCUUAAGGACGCCAUCACCGCUGAUGACGAGCCAGGCCAAACCAACCUAGGAUUCGACGGGAAUGAGAACACAAGUUCGGAACAGAAUGUUGAUGAUGGACAGGUUACUAUUGAAAUCGUCCCAGAGGGCGCUGCAAGGAAACCUUCCAUCGAAAGUACGUCACCAUCAACCGCUGGUGUCCAAAUAGUUCAAAUAGAGCGACCACCAUCCCCACCUGAUGAGAGAGUACCACGGGAAGAGAGCAAACAGGGUACUAGCGCCACCAUGAGGCGUCCAUUAGAGAAUCAAACAUCGGACAGUGGAGUUGAUGUUGACUCGAUAUAUCUCGAUAGCGCCCCUAGCGGUAAUAAUAGUCCAGCCAUCUUAAGACUACUAACAGUUGAUUCUGAUUCCUCAACGUCAUUGUCUGACGUAACUGAACAUUUCACUCAGGUUCAUGAUGUCAAACAGUUUGAUGAUGUGUUGAAAACAAAGGACCAAGACAUUAUAACAGCAACUACAGAUGUAGUUAUGCUAGAUGAGGAAACAAUGACUGACUCUUUGACAGAAAAUGAUGAAAUGUGUGAUUUGAUACCAACCAGAUUAUUAGAAAAUGAUAAAAUUGUGCCAAAGUUGAUUGCUCCAUCUACAACAGAAUCAGUGACUCAAACUGAUAAUGUAGGAGGCGUCAGUGAAGAUACCAUGUCUUCGGGUGAUUGUUACAGUAUUCGAGAGACAACACCGGGGAGGAAAAGUGUUUUAAGAAUUGAGCCUUGUUCAGCGGGAGAUCAGUGCAAGGGACUGGUUCGAAUCCACGUGGAGGUGGUUGAGCUCCGGCCAGACACGCCUCCCCUUGCCCCGGACACGUGUUCUCUUCAAAGUAAAACCACCCAGUGUCGUGUCAAACCAGCUAGCCAAAAACCGUCCCUGAAGUUCUGCAUGAAGAAGAACAGGUUUGUACCCAGUACCUCGAGCUUCGAGGAAAUGGAUUCAUAUUCACUGGAUCUCGGUGGACAAAGCGUAAUUGGUAUUGAUGCGACUGUGAAAGAUAAAGGGUUAUCUGAACCAACUACUGACACUAUAGUUAUAACAGAUCGUAAACAAGAUGACGAGUUGACGGCUAAGCAUUCGACACUUAGUGUUGAUAACAAUGGCGACCCUCCAGCAAAAGGGUUCAAAAAUCGCCAAAUGCGUGCAAGUCGAGCAUUACGUGAGAGCACUCGUUACCAGGAUGACAUUGUCAUGUUUAGUCAAAUGAUCAUGCGCAGACAGAACGAAGAGUCAGCUCUCUCAUCUUCAGUCAAAGAAGAGGAAGAUGAAGUCGAGUGCUCAGACCAACUCCCAGAAGGACAAGGACCUACGUUGAUUGUGACAGAUCAUAUGGAACUUUGAACUUCCCUAGUAGACUAAUAGCACCACCGCGAGAGGGCGUGGUACAUCAAAAAUGAAUAGACCUUUUCGCAAAUAUCCUUUGCGCAAGCGCUAACUGUUGAAUAAGGUGCAUUCUGGUUUAGAGGGAUCAAAUUUUAUCCCUAGCUAGACCAGAAUGUACAUAUCAACGCCUAACGCGCGCCCCGAGUAUUUGCGAUAAGGUCUAUGUCCACAAAUCAUUUCGCAAAUACCCACUGCUUUGUGAAAUCGGCCACAUACCUCAUUCAACAGUUACCGCUUCCGCAAUGGGUAGCAAAUUUGCGAAAGGGUCAAUAAGACAGGUGGCAACAGCAGAGGAUGAUCAACAUUUCCAAAAGCUGAAAUGAAAGUAAUUUCUGAAGACAGGUGCAUAAAGUUCUGCUAUAUGCCGCCUAACCUUAAAUAACAUUCACAUCGGAAUUACGCCGUAUAAUACUGUUGACGGUAAACAGAGGCUAAUGUUUUGGUAUUUUAAUGUACAUUUUCACGCGUUUUUACACACUAGUUGCAUAGUGUGUAGCAAUUCGUUGGUUUGAAAUAUAACUGAUGUGUCCAUCUGUGGUUUUUCUAUUUUUGUCUAAAUCAAUGAGACCGAACUUAGAUUAAAGAGGGAAUGGUCUCGGCCAGUAUUAUUAUUUGUUAUGCUUUAUGCAAGACAUGUUACAGAAAAUAACAUGCCGUUAUUUGGACCUUUGGGUGAAAUACUUUUUUUCAAGAACGUACCUCGGUUUGGCGCAGAAUGUUUUGAAGCCUGGUCCAUACUUCUUGCGCAAAUGCGACUGCGACCGGAAUU